CAGGCAGGCAGGCCAAAUCACCGGGGCGGGCUAAUCUUCCAGGCGGUUUCAGUGCUUACAGUGGCCCGAGGGAGCUCCUCUGAAGCCCUGGGAGAGGCUGGUGACCGGGUUAUGACUUUAAAUUACAUGUAGGUAUAUCAGUUCAUCGACGUAAGCCAAGUUCACAAUAAAAAAGGGCCCACGCGGUGCGUUUGCGGGCUAGUUUGGCACUACCGCACGGGGACCUGGAAGGCAACUGGCGGGGUUCUCGACGGCUGGACAUCGCCGCCUCGAGGAAAUGUGACUCUAGCUUUAAGUACAGAAUCAGGGGCCCACGUACAACAUCAGUGGCCCGUGUAAAUACAUAUACCAAGUGGGGGCCGUGGUAGAGGGCAGAGAGAGACCGUUACAUGUUGGCAUUGCACUAGGGUUACACAAAACACUGACACCAUAUACCAGUCCGACUAUUCAAACUUGCCAUUGUCACUAUGGUUACAGAAAACACUGACACCAUAUACCACCUACUAUUCAAACUUGUCAUUGUCACUAGGGUAAAAUACUGACACCAUAUACGGCCACAUUGCAAACGGUGAUAUUCGAGCUAACGUAGGGGCAGAAAACACUGGCACAGACCAACGGAAUGCACUGCAGUACAUAAGACUAUAGUAGAAUAAAUUUUCCAACCAGGAAGGAAUUCUAGUGUCCAGUUGGGGCCGUUUACCAAUAUACUGUAAUUUCUGGGUCUACAAAUAUGGCCAAAGGUAUACCAGCAGGGUUUAUCAAACACGAGGCCACCUGGAAGACCCGAAAACGGUAAAAAGAUCAAAUCAAAGACGACAUCAGAAUUAUUUAUUAUACAGUUUAAGACGCAGUGUUGGCGGUAAAGAACCAGUCUUCCUGCAAAACUGUGUUAAGAAAGCAAAAGGUCUGAGUACUUAAGUCUUAGGCAGGUAGGCGGGUUACCUGCCAGUGAUCUGUUUACGGGUAUUUCCAAAGCUUUUGUAUUGGACCUUUGACUUCUGCAUUGACAGAUGACACAAUGCAUUGUGAAACCUGUGUUUGCUUAAGACAGGCGCAGAAAGCUAAGGAGGGGUACUGUGCCCGUGAAGAAGGAUUCUUAAAGACUCUUUCUUCUGAAGCGUAGCAAGUGUGCGCCAUGUUGCGGGUGUGUGAGAAACUCCGUGAGGCGGACGAGAAGGGCAGGAGGUACGGACUAGCCCGGGCGGAGACAGGCUACCUCCGUGCCCUGGUGGACGCCAUGGCCGACACGGACAGGCUGGCGGAAGUGGAGCUGCUCAAAACUCUGGGCGACGUGAACGUGGAGAAGGGAAGACUCGGGAAGGACGUGGGGAAGUUCAACACAGCCUUGGCUCUUUACAUUGCUGCUAUGGUGCGGUGUUACCAUGAAGAACAGGCAGAUGGUAUAGAACACCGCUACCACUACACGGAGAGGCUUUUACAAGGGCUGUCAUCACAGGGUAAAGAGCAGCCAACAGAAGACAAGGAGACGACUACACCUGCAAAGGUAGCGGCAAAGUUCGAAGAUCUGGACAAGAGACGGGCUGCCAGAGAUAACACAGACUCUUUGCUGGUUGGAUACGCACAGGUAAUGGUAGAGGCGAUAGUAAAAGACAACAGCAUGCUAGAAACAGAAGCGAUCAAGAGUCUGGGUGACGUGUACCUGAAAAGAGGAACAGAAACUGGAGACACUAGAAACUUGACCAGAGCUACUGCUCUGUACAACAGGGCACUUGCGCGGUGUCACAACGUUCAUGGAACAGUUGUCAUUGUUCACCGCUUACUGCACACCUCAAGAAUCAGACAAGACAUCACCACAACAAGAAACAAGAGGUCAACACGUACGCAAAAACAACAAGACGUGAGAGAACGGACGGGUCACUUCUCUCCCUUCUCAGCUGCGCCCUCUAGCGACGGAACCACCAGUAAAGUUAACGACGACAUGUUAGUGAUUUUAUCCUACCGCAGGUACAUCAAGACGGCAGACCGUGACUUAGGAAAUGGAGACCUGGACGCAGCAGAGCAGAAUCUAGCAGCCGCCCUAAAGCUGGUUCACGAUCACAGUAAACCCGAAAAGGCCAAAGAGGCCGACUGUCUGUGCAGGUUGGGUGACGUCUACGUCGAGCGAGGUAAGCGGACAGGAGAAGGUAGGAAAUUCACACAGGCGGCAGCUCUGUAUAACGCCUCCAUGGCGCGGUCAGAUGGACCCAAAGAAAACAUGGUAACGAAGCUGCAAGAAACAGAAAGGCAGUUUCUUAAAAACACCUGUAACCUUGACUGUGAACCGUGUCCGUAUAGCGGCGCGUUAGAUCACAGAAAUGAACUGGACAACUUGCGCGCACGUGCAAAAUCUCAGCUCGAAACAAUUCAUCAGGAACACAACCCUUAUCAGUAUGAUGAAGACGAUCCCGUCGUGAGAGAGGUAGAGAUCAAACGAGCUGAAGCAAUCAAGAACUUGUUCAAGAGCAUCACAGUUGAAAGACGAGAGUUUAUCCAAGUACUGACAGAUGAAUGCAUCGCCAAACUCGGACCUCCCCCUUGUAAGUACGCUUUCAUGGGGUUGGGGUCACAGGCCACAGAACUGGUGACGCCGUACUCCGACCUGGAGUUCGCCAUUCUGAUUGAGGAGGGGAAGGAUGAUGAUGAUACACGGAGGUACUUCCUAAAUCUUACACACUACUUACAUCUCAAAGUCAUCAACCUUGGGGAAACCAUCCUCCCAGCCAUGGCCAUCCCGUCACUCAACGACUUUCUCUCAGAAGACCCAGAGAAAGACUGGUUCUUUGACUCCGUCACACCUCGCGGCUUCGCCUUUGACGGCUUCAUGCCAUGGGCUUCUAAGACUCCGUUUGGAAGAGAUCAAACCAAAAGCAAACCUCCCGUUAGUCUCAUCCAGACGCCUACCGAGUUGGCCGAAUAUCAGCAUCUGCACAUCGCCCUGGCGGAAGGCUAUCACCUGUCAGACAUCCUCAGACGGGUGACCUACUUAACAGGGGACGAGUCUUUGGUAGAUGAGUAUACAAGCAUUGUCAACAACAGCGUAGACCGUUCUCCUGUUCUGUCCCGGUUGUCAGCAAUGCUGAUACUGAAGGAUAACAUUCGGGAAAUAAAAAACGUUGAACCAACCGACCAACUUCUAGAUGUGAAGAAAGAAAUCUACCGUUUUCCCAGCGUGUCUGUCGAUGUGUUGAGUAUUUGCUGUGGUAUCACGAUCCCCAGUGUGUGGGGAAUGAUAGAAGAGUUACACAAGACACAGCAGAUCAGUGACGAAGAUGCCCACCACUUGACUGUACUGAUCAGCAUCUCAGCGGAGCUACGGUUAAGAACGUACAUUGCCAACGGAGGACAGAAGGACAGACUGUCUCCUCUCACGGAGAUGAAAGUCCAACUGGACAAACAUGACGUAGAUGACACCAUCGUUGAGUCAGUUUUCCACAUACCGGACUCGAAAAUGUUGUUCAGGUACUACUAUACAGCCUUUCCAUUAAAAAGAUGUAUUAUGGAUACAAUUCAAAUUGAAAAUCAAACCACAAAGAUAUUCCCAACAGCCAUCUUUGACAACUCAUCUCAAACCAGGGGCCGAAUAACACAUCAACUGCUACAGUUUGACGCAUCCGUACGUCACUUGGAGGCAGCACUGAAAGAGGCGGGUGGUGACGAGGAAAAGCAGUCGUCAUCACUAAACAACAUUGGGACAUGUUGGCGUGACCUUGGUGAUCAAAGGAAAGCCGUAAGUUAUCACGAACAGUCACUGAAGAUGACAAAAGCAAUCUAUGGCGAUACAAACCCACAUCCCGACAUUGCUUCAUCACUAAACAACAUUGGAGCAUGUUGGAGUGACCUUGGUGAUCGGAGAAAAGCUAUCAGUUAUCACGAACAGUCACUGAAGAUGAGGAAAGCUAUCUAUGGGGAAACAACGCCACAUCCCGACAUUGCUUCAUCACUAAACAACUUUGGGAACUGUUGGAGUGACCUUGGUGAUCAGAGGAAAGCUAUCAGUUAUUACGAACAGUCACUGAAGAUGAUGAAAGCUAUCUAUGGUGAAACAACGCCACAUCCCGACAUUGCUAAAUCACUACACAACAUUGGGGCAUGUUGGCACGAAUUCGGUGAUCACAGUAAAGCUAUGAGAUAUUACGAACUGUCUCUGAAGAUGAGACAAGCUAUCUAUGGCAAAACAACGCCACAUCCCGACAUUGCCUCAUCACUAAACAACAUUGGGGCAUGUUGGCACGAAUUUGGUGAUCACAGUAAAGCCAUCAGCUCUUACGAACAGACAUUGAAUAUGAUGAAAGUUAUCUAUGAGGAUAACACAUUACAUCCCAACAUUGCAAUAGUACUGAACAACAUUAGAUCCUGUAAAAGUACCCUCCACGAGUAG